AGAUCCUUGCCUUCCAAAAUGGCGCAAACGGCCACAGAGAGCGGUUACGCUUUCGCGCAGCAACCCCGAGCAGUUUCAAACCGCAGGAAAUUCCGCGAUCCCGAGCAGACAGAUGAUCGGUUAGCAGUGAACAUCAUGUGGGACAGACGUGUCGUUCGCGGCAACACGUACUCGGCACAAGUGCUCCCCGCGACGGCUGUCCCCGAUCCCGUGCAGCUGCAGAAGGAAGCAGAGAAGCGAAAGCUGUCCGAGCUGAAGAAGAGGCAGAAAAUCAGGUCCUCACUCGCCAGACCCCGCUCCCUCUACCACCAUCACCCUGAUACCCUGAGCAGGCAGACAGCACGACCCACUACUCCUGAUGCGGUACCUGGACGGAAGCACAUGGACGUGCAGACGGAGAUGUUCUUGGAGGAGAUAGCUGAUCGACCUGCGGAAGUCGAUGCAGACACACAGACGGAUCCGUUCAUGGACAGGCCGCCUACUCCGCUGUUCAUCCCCAAGAAGACUGGAAUAGAUCGUGAAACCCAGGCAGAGAAUGUGUUGUGGCGACUGGAUGCCUCUGACAGCAGCAUGCAGAUCUUCGAAGGGGAGCUGUUCGACUUUGAUUUCGAAGUCGAACCAAUCUUGCAAGUCAUUGUCGGGAAGACGCUGGAACAGAGCUUGAUGGAGGUGCUGGAGGAAGAGGAGCUGAAGAACAUGCGAGCACAUCAAGAAGAAUUCGAUCAAAUCCGGGCAGCCGAGCUUGCAGAAGCUCAGAGGAUGGAAGCUGCGGAAGUCAGGCGUGCGGAGGAGAAGCAGAGGCGUGUGGAGCAGGAGAGGGAGAGGGUGGCGAACGAGAGGACAGUCUCAAAGAAAGUGGCAGCCAGAGGGUUUGCUCACAGAUACGUGGGAGAUGUGGUGUCGGAAGUGUUUGGGAACAUGGAGGAAACUGGAUUCUUCUACGACCCCCUGGUCAAAGAGAUCGAGGACAGCUUCAUGCCCUGGCUCCUUGGCGGGGUCACGUCAAGCAUCAACGGAGCAAGAGAGGCUCAUGAGAUCCUCGAGCAAGCCGUUGUCGGGGCCCUCAAGCUGUCGGCGUCCAAGAACAAACUUAUCACUGACAAGUACAACGAGCUCCAGGCGGAAGCAAACAAGGCUGCAGAAGAAGCGAAGGAAGCGGAGCAGCCGGAGGAGCAGGCGGCCAAUGAGGGAGAGGGAGAGGGAGAAGGAGAGGGAGAGGUGCAAGCAGAAGGAGAGCAACCUGCAGAAGGAGCUGCGGAGACGUCAUAGACAUUCCUUUAGUUUGCUUGUUCAUGUUGGCGAUGGCAAGCUCUCCGAAACUGUAUUAUAUCUCAAAGAGUUUGUUGGGCCACAGCCCCCACCUCCCCUGGAAGGAGACAGAAGAAGUGAAGAAGCGAUUGGCAGAGUGAUAGUCAAGGGUGAUUCGCACGAUUUCUUGAAUGAAAUGUCAAACAUCGC